ACGUUGCAGUCAUCGUUACUAGUCUGCAUUUUCUUCGUAGAGACUGCAAAAGUCUGCACAAAGAUUGAAUGCCUCCGAGUAAUAAGAGACUGAAGUGUGCAAUGGCUGAGAACCCCUUAGAUUCUCUGAACUUGCAACACGAGCUGGAAAUAAUGCAAGGUGAAGUGGAAGCAGUGGAGAUUCGCCGCUCAUCGACGGAGAAGUGCGAAACAAUAAAAUAUCGCCCUACCUACCGUGCUAUUCUGGCAAAAAAGGGUUUUCUAGUCAAGCAGACCCUAGGAAGUGGAAGCUACUCUAAAGUCAAGUUCGCCUUUAAUCUCAACGGUGGCAAAGAUGUGGUCGCGGUCAAAAUUGUAGAUCGGAACAAAGCCCCAAAAGAUUUUCAACAGCGAUUUUUGCCACGGGAAAUCAAAAUCUGGCCACAGCUUAAUCAUCCGCAUAUCGUUAAGCUCUUGGAUAUUUUUGAGGACUACAGGCGCGUAUACAUGGUGCUAGAGUACGGAGAAAAGGGUGAUGUCCUGCGAUACAUUCAGCGCGUGGGUGCUAUCAAGGAAGGGAUGGCGAGAAAUUGGACAAAGCAAAUUUGUGAAGCCGUGCGAUACCUCCAUGAACAAAACAUCACCCACCGGGACCUCAAACUGGAGAAUCUGCUUCUAGACAACAACCACAACAUCAAAAUCUGCGAUUUCGGAUUUGUCAAAGUGGAUCCAGAUCGACAACUUAGCAAAACCUACUGUGGCUCCAAAUCUUAUGCAGCUCCAGAAAUUUUGAGAGGGGAACCCUAUGAUACUCAGAAAGCUGACAUCUGGGCAAUAGGCGUCAUUCUAUACAUUUUUGUCACUGGGAAAAUGCCAUUUGAUGAGAGUAAAGGAAACCACGGUGUACUAGAGGAACACAGAAAACUGAAUUUUCCCUGGCAUAAGAUUAAAAAGAACGUAUCGGAAGAAUGCCGAGCUCUGAUCUUAUGGUGUUUCAAGUACAGCUUCUCAGAACGGCCAGACAUUCAUGAUGUUCUAGGGUGCACGUGGUUGAAAGCUGGAGCCAAAAUGGAAAAUCCAGAAAACGCGAGUAUCGAAGGACCCAAACCAAUCACGAGGAAAGCCGAAACUUCAGGCACAUAAACUGCGGGUCCCGAGAAAAUUGCACGAUUUCUUGAAAUACCUUGUAUUUGCUGCGCAUACUGUACAGAUAUAUGAU